CCAGCGCGUGAGGGACUGCGCGGCUGGCAGCCGCUGAAGCGGGGCUGCCGCUGCCGCUUCCCGCUGCUCGGAGGACGCUGCAUGCAUGGCAGCGGCGCGGAGAUCCGCGGAAACGGGCGGGGCGAGGCGGAAGGCUGCGACUCGUCGCGCCUGCCCGGCUUUGCGCUGGAAGGACUAUCACGUUUGUCUUGACUUCUGGGCUCUGUGCUGCAAGUGACCCGCGCGGGUCUUCGCCGUUCCCAUGAACACGCCAGAGGAGGAUCGUUGUACAGGAGGAUUCUGUGCAGGAUUUAACCUAGUUUAACAGUGCAGGUCCCUGCAUGUUGACCUGGAACUGAGUCCUUCUGUGUUUAAGAGGGCUGGCUUCCGCUAGGUGUACGAUUGUGGCCUGAAAGUGCAAUUCUGUACUGUACCUCCGAUUGGGUUCAAUGAGAAUCCGAGCAGGGUGUCUUUGAGAUGAUGGAAGUUGGGCGCCAGGGCCGCCAGCGGGCCUCCGAAACAAUCCGCAAGCAGAAGCGUAAGGAGCUAGAUGCCCGGCGCAGCAAGUGCCGCAUCCGUAUUGGCACCCACCUGGAGCAGUGGUGUCGGCUUAAGGAGCAGCUGGGCUUUUCUUUGCACUCCCAACUUGCCAAAUACCUCCUUGACAGGUACAGUUCCCCUAGCUCAGUGCUGAAAACAGGACAGGAUAACGCCACGGGUGUCUCUGCCCCCCUUCCUCCCGACGCGCUGCAACACCUCGUUGUCCUUUCCCACAAUCACAGCCAAGAGUGUGGCUUCAUCCCUAGCGUGAAGUCCUCCUUGCUGGAGCAGAGAGCCAUGGCCGUCCCAGGCAGCAGCAUGGUAUGGGAGUGCCUGGCCGGCCACACCUUCUCUUGGAGCCCCCCGCCCGCCCCACAGACCUGCAGGGCGGCCCCCCGCAGAGCCGCCUCCCGCGGCAGCAGAGACGAGGCGGCGGAGAGAGCCGUGAGUCCCAAGCCCAGCCCCCCACCCUCCCCCGCCAUCCGACGCCGACGCUCCCUCCGCAGGGCAGCGGCCGCCCAUGCCUUUUCCUUAGCGCUUGCUUCCGACUCACCAUGUCCAGUGGACGAGGCAGAGCCUUCUCCCCGAGAGGAUGGGGAGGGCGGUGCGGACAGAGAGAGCGCAGCAUGCAUGUCUCCUGGCAGCGGAGCGGGCCCGUGUGAGGAGGCAGAAUUGCUGAGUGGCACCAACACUGGCGAGACAGCGGCUCCCUCAGAAGAGAUUCCAGAGAGCACGGAAUUAAUUGCUGAGCCGGAAAGCACUUUGACUGCAGAAGAGGAGACGCCUGACCAACCAGAGGAGGGAGGAGAAGGGGAAGCGGGAGAGGAUUUGGCGGAGGAAGAUGACUUGGCAUACACUGAUGACCUGCGAGAUGAGAAUUACCAUCCUUCCCUGGACAGGGACUCCAAGCUGCAGAGGCACCCAAGCUUGGCCAAGUGUUGCAAGAGCCCUGCGCAAGAGGAGCAGCCGUCCAGUGAAAGCUGCCCCCUGGGCCACAGCCCUGCCGAAGACAAAGGCAGCAGUGGAUCGGGCUGCAAGAAGCGGGUGCAGCCUGGUGAUGAGGACGUGGCCCAGAUCGGUCCAAAGAGAAUCAGGAAGGCAGCCAAGCGGGAGAUCCUCCUCUGUGACUAUGACGGCUGUGGGAAGAUUUUCUCUAACCGCCAGUACUUGAAUCACCACAAGAAGUAUCAGCACGUUCACCAAAAGACCUUCACCUGCUCCGAUCCCAGCUGUGGCAAGUCCUUCAACUUCAAGAAACACCUGAAGGAGCACGAGAAGCUGCACAGCGAUAAAAGGGACUACAUAUGUGAGUUCUGUGCCCGCUCCUUCCGAACGAGCAGCAAUUUGAUCAUCCACAGACGGAUCCAUACGGGAGAAAAACCCUUGCAGUGUGAGAUCUGCGGAUUCACCUGCCGCCAGAAAGCCUCCCUGAACUGGCACAUGAAGAAGCACGACGCCGAUGCCUUCUAUCAGUUCUCUUGUGACCUCUGUGGCAAGAAGUUUGAGAAGAAGGACAAUGUCACAGCUCACAAGAGCAAGAGCCACCCAGAGGCUGCGGCUGGGCCUCCACAGCCCACGCAGGAGGCUCCCGUCCUGGGCCACUCGGUGUCAGUGGAGCAGCUGGAAGGCCGACCCAGUGACCUGGAAAAGCCAUCUCCCCUUGCCAUUGCAGUCCUUAUCGAGUAGAGGGCCCUGCAAGUCAAGUAGGAAAACAGCAGAGAGGAUUCCGGCCCGAUCCUGUUUGCGACAGAAACAGGCCCAAGGCACUUGCUCCCAGCUGCAGAGGGCCAGUGAGGAUGCAUAGCUGAGUUUUCCAGGGGGCUGGGGGCCAGGAAGACCUGGAGUCCACAAAGCAGUGGCGCACCCACCACAUUCCUUCAACAGUGCUCCUUGUCAGCUCACGCCCAGCGCCACACGGACAGUCCUGGGCUCAGCUUUGCCGGGUUACAGGAUGAUUAAGAGUGGCCCAGUAGGAACCUCAGACGCCUUAAUGUGGUAGCAGCUCGCUCGGCCCACAGACUGCAAUAGGAGCGGGGCUAAGGCAGCCUAGAAAGCUGCUCAGGAGGCACUGGUAGCUUUGGAUUUAGCCUACUCUCGAUGGACAAGGGUGGAGGAUGCACCACACCCUCCUGUCGCUUUCCAAAUCUUCUCCUCUGGGGACCUUCGAAGAUGCCGCUUUCCCACGUGGCCCACCGCGCUUUCUCGUGUUUCCGUCUGUCGCUCGGAUCGGCUUGCCUCGGUGUUUCUUCUUGGGGAUGGCCCCGAAAGCCAACCCUGCGAGUGGCUGGCCCAAGGACCGGACCAGGACCCUUCUCUAUGCAAAGCAUGCACUUCACUGAAGAGCGCUUCCAUCAGGGCUUGGGGGCACUUUGUGCUAAGGAGACCAACAGUCUGUGCCGAGAGCAGCUGAAUUUAGCAACUUGUAUAAAUUACACAAUUCGAGGGUGUGCUUGUUUUACACAAAAAGGCUUUGCUGGUCAUGACUGAUUUGUUGGGGAGCGGAACAGAGCAUGUUAAUCCUAUCUGCUGGCCGCUGGAAAUGCUAUGCUUCCACCCAGCAACACCCACCAAUUCUCAAGCCUACAGUAUUUAGCAAGAACCAGGUCCUUAUGCCUGCAAAAAGGCUAGGGAAGAGGGUGGGUUUAUGGGGAGAGGAUAUUUUUAAAUGGAAGCUAAGAUUCUCAGGAAGCUAAAUUCUAGAGCCAAUCCCAUACCCUGUUUUUUAUUCUGUGCUUGCGUGUUGUUAUUAGAGGCAUGCAGUUCUAGCCAAGGCUACCUUACACCCUGCCUAAGUAGCCCAGCUUUUACAUUGUUUUGCUGGCUACUGAGUAUGUUUGGCCUUCACCCCUGUGUUCUUCACAACUAGCAAGAUGUUUCACAUCCACUGGUUUGAGAUUCUGGUUUGGUGCUUUUGUCACCUGAACGCAUCUUGCUGUCACUAUUACAACAUUGGAAGCCAAGCAAAGAGCUGGUGCCAGAAAAUCCAACAGGAAAAAAUCUUUAAGAAGCUGCCUUUUAGGAAGCAGCAUGAAUGACCUGGGCCUUUUCCCAUUCUUGAUACUCAGUUUGGGAAGCUCUAUGCUUGAAGCUGCAUUCUUUGCUGUUCCUGCCCUGCAGCAGGGGAUGCAGAGCAGUGGCAGAGGUUGAGCUUAAUUACCUAUGGAUGGAUUCCCAUUGUUGUGAAGCAAAACACCGUGCACUGACAUAAAGAACAUGGGAUCCACCCAUCUGAUCUGGCCCGGCCACGUGGUCAUGACUUGGGAAAGCUUGGUUGUCUAGCAGUUAUAGCAAAUUUGACUAGAAAGAAUCACGGAGAUUCCAUGAAAAAAGGUUCUACUUAGGCUCUGCAUGUUCUCUCUGCAGCAGCUUUGAUUGUUCAGACCGACCUGCUUCAGAGAGAUGCCAGAAUCACCCACGCUUGAAGGAGGUCUUCCUCUGCAUCUCUGCAUGAGUUUGUUCUCUGCGUGUUCUUCCCUUUAGUUUCUUCCAGGGUGCGAGGGAAUGGUGCCUGCAGUGCUUCAUUCAGAAAAAAAACUAUCAUAUCUCAGCGAUCAUAUAUUUUGGUAGGCCGAUCCAGCAUGUAUAGUGUACAGAGUGCAUUUGUUCUAGCUUCAUUGCUUUUUGGAGCACUGAUAUGCCUCGUUUAAGACAGAAUUCAAAAGAGACCAGUUUGCUGAACUAAUGGCUGAGCACAGAUUCUACUCCAAGAGUUCGUAUACCCUACAAAUGUAAACAAUUUUAACACUCACAUGGGUACAUAGUGAACCCUGGGAAUUGUAGUUUUCAGGGGAAGGACCUCAUACUGAGAGUUCUCAACUACUUCAGAGAUCUAUAAUCAGGAUUAUGUCUAUUUUCUGCAACGAGGAAAGACUUUAAAUUUUGAAUCAGAAGCUAGACGGUGCCAUCAGAACCUCACUUUUUGGGACUAAUAUGUUAUGUUUUAUUUUGUAAAAUCUAUUCUGUUAAUCACAGGAUGGAAAAAAGGAGCAAAGCCCUAAAGCUCUGGCUGCUUCUCUUGCUUUAGAGACUUUACCAGGUUUUGCACAUGUAGUGGAUCUUUCAACCAUGAGGGUUAGAAGCACCUUUUAAAGGGAGUUAAGGUUAUGAUGAAGACAAAUGUGGGAAUCUACAUUCUGUUAUUUUUCUGUACUUAUUUAUACUUGCAGCACAAGUGCUUCCUAUAUUUCCCAGAAUUUCUCUGAUGAGAUUUUUAUUCCUCUCUCAGCCAUUGGAUUCACUGGGUGAAACUGAGACACUUUCCAUCUAAGUGGGAUAUCCUGCAAGUAUAUCUUCCUGAAAUUUCAGGGAGAAAGGAUGUGUAAUCUCACGAUGUCACAAAUUAGAGAUGCUCCAACUUGGAGUCGUGCCUUGAGCAGGAAGUGGACCAAGUCAAUGAUCUUAUUGUCCCCUUCCAACUCUACUAUUCUAUGGCUCUAAGUGUCACUAGCUGGCCUCCCCCCCCCCCCCCCCCCCCCCCCCCCCCCCCGGGCCAUGGUGGUUACCAGCAAAUAGUGCCAGGCCUCCAGAGCUUAGACUCAUAAAAUCAUCCCACAGUUUGAAAAGAAUCUGGACAUGAUUUAGUGUUGUUUAUUAAAACAGUACAUCCCUGAUCCAUAGUUACCCUUGAAUCUUAAGAACAUCCAUUGAUGUCACAACUAAAUUAAGACUGUUUGUUAUGCACUGUCAAGUUGUCGCCAACUUGUGCAGACACUGCCCCCCCCCAAAAAAAGAAAGACUUAGCCAUUUGAAGAUGUCAAGUAUGACUGGCCUAUAGCAAGUUAAAGUAUCUAGUUCUCAGGGUUGCAGAGGUAAUGCCUGCAGCUGAUCCUAGCUUAGACAACUUUAGACAAAAGUAACAGAGAAUAGGUCUAUACAUAGCUAUGUGAGCUAAAUAAUAACCUCUGUGUUAACAGUAGCAUACCUGUGAAUUCUGGGACCAAAUGGAUGUAGGGAAGGAGGGUGGUUCUCAUGCCUGGCUUAUGGGCUUCCCAAAAUAAGCAGGACUCUAGAUUAGACAAACCCUUGGCCCCUUUCCUGAUGGAUCUGUUGAGCCAGAUCAACCCAUGAGGACAUGAGCGCAACAGCCCCUUCCCACCCUUGCUCCCCAGCACCUGAUCUGCCAAAGCAUCUUGCCUGUGAUCCUGGAGGCGAGAGAGAGUCCUUCUGGCUUGAUAGCCUGAUCUUCCAUUGAUUUGCUUGAUCCCCUUUUAGCUGGCUUACAGAUUCCAUAGUUACUGCUGUGUGACUUACUUCCUUUUGUCUCUCCUGAAUCUCCCAUCGUUCAGCUUCAUUGGAUGACCCCAGGCUGUGGCAUUGGGAGGUGGGGAAGAUCCAUACACUUUCUCCACCUAUUGCAGACACUCUUGCUUAUGCCAGGGCAGCUGCUGCGUGGCUCAGGCUAAAAGGCACUGGGAAAAGCAUCAUUUGUGACUACAGAGUACAUCACCUUAAGGAAACAUUUAACCCACAGAUUGUUUUUCUAAACCAAUUUGAAUUUAUUUCUAUAAAUAUCCAUAGCAGAAGUGAAUGUUUAAAUCACUUUAACUUUCCAUUGAAAGCAAACUGAUUUUUUUCCUAACCAAGAUAACACUCUGUAAUGCCCAAACUACUUGCUUGUUACUGUUCUGAAUUUCUCUUUGGGGCUGACCUGUUGUGAGAGAUCAGAAAAUGUGCUUCCUCCAUUCCUCAUGAGAAUUGCAAAAAAAAAAAAAAAAGUAAAACAGUUUUGACAAAUAUUUGCUAAUAAACUAAAUUUGGUUUCCUUUG